AUGUCUGACAGGCGAGAGCGAUUUGACAUCGCUGGGUUGAUGCGAUCUCGAAAGGAAAGGAAAUCGCUUGGUAAAGAGAUUGUAAAAGAGAAUGAAAUUGUUGAACGCAAGCGAAGUCAGCUACGCUCCCUCAAAGCAAAAGUUAGGAAAUAUGACUCCAAGGUUAGUUUACUUAAUAAACCUUUGAAAUAGGAGUGUUUUAUACAAAAUAUUGAAAUCACUGUUAUUAAUGUAUGAACCCCCUUAGGGAUUGGUUGCAUAUCAUAUAAAAUUUGACAGAGAAGUUAAACGGCUAGAUGUAGUGCAGUCUGAGGGCAUUGCCAGCUUUUGUAUUGUAUAGAACAAUAUGCCGGAAAAAAUACCAUUUUUAAUGGGAAUAAAACUGAGACUGGGUGUAUUAAUAUCCUGGGCUAUUGAAAGCAAAUAUCAGAAGUAUGUAUAAAAAUUCUUGUUAGUACUCACACAGACAGGAUACCGAUAUAAACCCCCACUCCGACAAAACCCACACCGACAAAAACCCUGCCGACAAUAACCCUGCCGACAAAUACCCCAAAUUGAUGAAUGCCAACAAACCCACGCAAUUUAAUCCUCAGUGAAAUAUAGAAAAAACUGAGAAAAAUUUCUAGUAGCACGAUUUGCUUGCAAUUUCAAUGAGCAAUGACUCAGGCCCUGUUUACAUGGAACCAGACAAAUUUUGGUCGGGACAAAUAUUUGUUCAGAUACGCUUUCCGUUUACACAGGCUUUCCGUUUACACAGGCUUUCCGUUUACACAGGCCCGGCCUAACCGGACAAGUUUUUCACCCCAAGCUUUUGUCUACCUAGUCUGAAAGUAUUCAAAUAUUUGUCUGGUAAUGUGUAAACACAUGAAACAAUGUAAAUUUUUGUCUGGUGCUGUGUAAACAGGACCUCAAACUGACAAAAGCAAUCUACAUAACAAAAACAGAAUGCAUGGUGACUCUCAAAAGCAUUUCGGUCAAAUCAUGUAACUAUUAUAAUAACUGUCAUAACUCUUAUGUAUAAUUAACAGUAUUUCCACUAAUUUAUAUAUGUGGUUAAGUUUGUUUGGAUCAAUAAAUUUAAGAAAUUGAUAAACAGAAAUUGAGGGUUUUGUUGGCAUUCAGCAAUUAGGUUUUUCUGUUGCUGGAUUUAUUGUCAGAGUUUUGUUGGUGGGGGAGUGGUGUUAGUGGGUUUUUGUUGUGUGGGGAUUUUGUCAUGGAUUCCACAUAGACUCGGUGGUUGUGUAAUAGCAUUUUAUAUGAAGUAUUUUAUAUUUUCUGUCUAAAUGAAUAGAUAGAGAAAGCACUGAAUGAAUUAGAGCAGUUGGAUGCGGUAGAACGUGAAAUGCAGGUAGAAUCAGUUAGAAAGAAGGGUAAGUAUUUGACAGAAAGAGCAUUGGAGAACAGGAAGAAAAUGCCAACAACCUUUGCUGAUGGUAAGGUUGAGAUUUGUGAAAGAGUAUCUCGAACACGUAGACAAGAAACAUACCAGACAGCUUUAGAGAUACACAGUGGGGGUUCGUUAGGUAGAUCAGCAGAAAUUGGUCUGCAUGAUACAGUCAAUGCUAAAUGUAAAACAUCAACAUUGGUUGAGGUUCUUUCUACUUCAACCAAAAUUAGAAAGUCUGUCUUACCACAAUUUUACAAAACAUCUCUGAAUACCUUGGAAGGGUCAGAAGAAAAUAUGCUGAGAAGUGUUGCUGUGUACUAUGGUGGAGGUAUUAUGGGAAAAAGAAAGUACCGUAAAGUGUACAGGGCUGUUUCUUACCAAAGCAAAGUUGCAAGAAAAAAAUGGAAAGCGUAUGGCUGUUAGUGGUUGCCCAAUCCCAUUGCUUGUGCCAUAUAAUAAGUUAAUGCCCUUUGUUAAAAAAAUCAACAUUGGCACCAUUUAUAGUGUAUAUGACACUCUAUGUGAUGACAUUGCAGAUGAAGAGAAGGUUCAAGGGUGUUAUAGAAGCCUUGAAGAACUGCUAAUAACACUUGCAGAAUUUUAUUUGUCCAAUCCAAUUGAUCUUGUAUGGUUUGUUAACAAGUUUUAUGUUUCCUUAGGUGGAGAUGGAGUACCAUUUGGCAAGUACGAUUCAGCUUGUGCUUGGUUGGUGAGCUUCCUGAAUCUAGGGAAAGGUAUUUUAAGUAGCAAUGAAAAUUACUUGUUGUUUGGUGCCAAUUGCAGUGAGGAUUGUAUACUGGUCAAGAGAUUUAUUUCUAAAUUCAUGGUUGAGAUAGCACACAUUAAAAAGUAAGUAUUUUCUGUUAAUGUUAAUGGCACUGUGGAAAGUGUUAUAUUUUCUCAGGUUCCAGCAAGCUCUCCCUUUUGUAAGUAUAUAAUGACCAUGAAAAGCAAAUGCAAGCUCUCCAGGUUGGCAAACCAAGUUAUCAGAUGGUUUAACGAAACCAAAUCUGCUGCGAGGGAGUUUGAUUAUCGUUUUACUGGGAAAGAUUCUCGGUUAUUCUUGCAAAAUUUCAUGCUUUUAAUUUCUUCUGUGCAGAGUGGUGUAAAGAAAGGUACAUGGGAGGAAUUAAUUUUACAUGUCCUGGCAUAUAUUUGUCUUUGUCUAAGGGAUUGUGUCUCUAUUUUUACAUGUGUAGAUAUUUCCGACAAUGAUAUUAUCGAUCUAAAGCGGCUGUGUUCAAAUUAUUACAAAGCCCAUUGUAUUUUUCUACAUGUUAACCCCACUGUAUGGACUGUUGGCAAUGUGGUUCCACAGGAUAUGAGUGAAAUGAAGACUAGGUAUGGCAUGGGUCUGGGGCUGAAUUCCAUGGAAAGUAGGGAAGCUAAACAUGUUUUUAUAGCCAAGUAUUCCCAAAACACACUUUACCAGCACCGGUGGCAACAAAUCUUUACGCAUGAGUAUGUCACCCUGCUCUGGCUUCGCUCUAGAGGUUACAAUAUUUCCAAACCAACUAAUAGUAAUGCCACAUACAUACCUAAGAAAGUGUUCAAUGAUCCAUCUGUUUGUUACUGUGGGCUAUAUAAGCUUGCCUCUGUUAAUAGAUGUAGAUUUUGCAAUCAUUCAUUAAGAGAGAAAAUCAAGAACAGUGUGCUACAUGGUAAGUCAAUGAUUGGUGGUUCUAUUGAAUGCAAACCAAUGGUGAAGUAA